AUGGUUCAAUUAGACAAAUCAGAGGUAAAAGAGGAAGAAAACAAAUGGAGGUGUGCGUUGAUUGCUUAUAUCUUAGGGGAUGGACCAGGGUAUAAUGCGAUGAAACGGUACAUCAAUUUGCACUGGUCACAUGUUCCUGAGCCUGAAUUGUUCUACCAUGAUGAAGGCUAUUAUAUUAUUAGAUUUCAAACUAUUGCAGAUGCUCGAGAAAUACUAUGUGCUGGUCCUUACUCAAUUGCUAAUAAGCCUAUCAUCCUAAAACCAUGGACUCCUGACUUUGAUUUCACGGAAGAAUUUCCUACUUUCAUACCAUUGUGGGUCAAAUUUCCUAAGUUGCCUAUGUCAUGUUGGGGAGUUGGCUCUCUCAGCAGAAUUGCUAGUGUAAUUGGGACCCCUGUAUUUGCUGAUGAGUGCACUACUAAGCAGACUCGAGUAUCCUUUGCUCGAAUUCUUAUUGAAGUUAAUGUUAUAAUAGAAUUACCAACUAAAAUUGUGGUUAUGGAUCCUACUGGAAAGAAGUUUCUGCAAGUUGUUACCUAUGACUGGAAACCUGCUUAUUGUGACAAAUGCUUGGUUAUGGGACACAAGUGUUCCAACCAGCCACGACCUAUGAUGCAAAAACCCAUCCAGACUAAAAAAACAAGGAGUAACAAGCAAAUUGGCAACAAAGUGAAAGUUGUAGAUCAAAGAAGAACAAUAAAGGCACCUGAUCCUAAGGAGAUUAAUAAUCACCAUAACAUGGUACCUGUAGCUGAGAGGCAGGAUGACAAAGGUAAAGCAGUGCAAAGCCCUGAGCUUAAUUUCAUCAACUUUCCACCUUUGAAUCCCAUCCCAGUGAGGAAUAGGUAUAAACAUAAGGAGGUUAGAGAGUAUAUUAGGGGAAAUAAAAUCAAGCUAGUAGGUCUUGUAGAAACUAAAGUGAAGGAAGGGAAUGCUCAAAGGAUCUCAAAAGCUAUUGUUCCUGGAUGGAGUAUACUGACAAACUAUAAGGAUGCUAGGAAUGGAAGGAUUUGGUUACUAUGGGAUACUAGUCACUUCAUUAUUACUGGUAUUAAAGAUGAUGCUCAAAUGAUUCACUGUCAGGUAAAAAGUAGAAGAGGUGAUAUAGAUUGUUUACUCACUGUAGUGUAUGGAUACAAUGGGCUGGAACAAAGAAGAGCUCUCUGGGAAAAUUUACAACUACUAUCACUGAGUAUAGCUGUACCAUGGUUAAUAACUGGAGAUUUCAAUGUAGUACUAUUCCCCAGUGAUAGACUAUCUUGUAAUCCAGUAAGCUACUCAGAAAUUCAAGACUUUGUUGCCUGCCUCCAACAUACAACACUGACAGAACUACCUUGA